GCCUACAUGUGGGCUGAGAAAAGGGAAGCCACGUUGACACAAAAACUGUUUUUUUUGUGUUUUUCUCUGAUACCGGGAAGGACAGUCACAUCGUCAUUUUAUAUCUGCUAAUUCAAAAACAUUAGCUUGAGCGUCUGGAUAAGGUUAGAAGAGCCACAUCAUGAGUGUUGGGUUCAUUGGAGCGGGCCAGCUGGCUCAUGCACUGGUGAAGGGUUUCACUGCUGCAGGUGUAAUCGCUACACACAGGAUUACAGCCAGCUCCCCAGACACAGACCUGCCCACCGUGUCAGGGCUGAGGAAAAUGGGAGUGAACCUGACUACAAGCAACAAAGAAGCUGUCAAGAAGAGUGAUGUGCUCUUUCUGGCUGUAAAGCCCCACAUUAUCCCCUUCGUUCUGGAUGAAAUUGGGCCAGACAUCGAGGACCGUCAUCUCAUAGUCUCUUGUGCAGCAGGUGUUACCAUAAGCUCCAUAGAGAAGAAGCUGCUUCAGUACCGCGCAGCUCCUAAAGUCAUGAGGUGUAUGACCAAUACUCCAGUGGUGGUGAAAGAGGGAGCUACAGUGUAUGCCACUGGGACACAUGCAGAGGUGGAGGAUGGGAAAUUAUUGGAGCAGCUGAUGGCCAGUGUAGGUUUCUGCACGGAGGUGGAGGAGGACCUGAUUGAUGCUGUCACCGGUCUGAGUGGCAGUGGACCUGCCUAUGCGUUCACAGCCCUGGAUGCUCUGGCAGAUGGAGGAGUGAAGAUGGGACUGCCGAGGAGGCUCGCUGUCAGACUUGGAGCUCAGGCCCUGUUGGGAGCAGCUAAGAUGCUGUUGGAGUCAGAGCAGCAUCCUGGCCAGCUGAAGGACAAUGUGUGCUCACCAGGGGGCGCUACCAUCCACGCCCUGCACGUCCUGGAGAGCGGUGGCUUCCGCAGCCUCCUGAUCAACGCAGUGGAGGCUUCUUGUAUCAGAACACGGGAGCUGCAGUACCUGGCAGACCAGGAGCGCAUCUCUCCAGCAGCCAUUAAGAAAACGACGUUGGACAAAGUGCUGCAGCAGCCUGGAGUCACAGUCAGUGGAGUGGCUAAUGGGAACGGCAAAUCAGGGCUGAGCUUGUUCAACAAUCGUGGCUCUGGGCUCAAGAAGAAAAACUGAGCACACAGAGAGGCAGACGUGCGCACACACAGACACACCAUUAUGUUACAGGUUUAAGUGUGUCAGUGUGUGCGCAUGUGGACAUUCAUACUGUACAUCUUAAACAGCUAUUCAGCCAUAAAAUUUGAAAAACGGACUCAGGACUGCUCUGAAAUGAAAUCCAAAUUAUUUAUUGAUACUUGAGUGUCAUGCUGACAGUGGACGUCGUGGUGACAUCAUCACAUUACACACAAGCACAGAUGUAAUUGUGCACGCUGCUCACAGUUAUCGCCUUAUGUUGUGAUGUGGGAUUGCUGUAUGCAUACACUCACUGAAGAGCAAAAGUGCAUUAACAAUCUGUCUGUUUUAGCUCUACAGUCUCGAGGGCUGUUAAACGGUAAUGACCCAGUGGGCCAUCGCGUGGUCCUGGUGCACACCAGGCAGCAGAUGGCUGCCGCGGUAACAUCAAGCUGUUAAUGUAUGUCUUUAAUGUCUUUUUAAAAAAUGAAACCACAUAAAUCAUCACGUACCAAAUAAGUGUCAUUUGUUUGUCUGACAGUAUUACAAAGACUGAAUGCAGAUGGAACAAAAAUUUUAAUGUUUUCUUUUGUCUGUCAGAUAUAAGCAUUAGUCUUCUAGCAGAUUAAGGACAUUCAAAGGUCAUUUCAAAUUGUAUCAUACUUCUGAUUUCUUGUUAAACCCCAAAGGCACUUGUUUUCUUUUGGAGGAGAAUGUGAUGUUAAUUUGUGCAAGGGCAACAAGAAGGCUUAAAUCAUUUACACAGUGUGUUUCAAAUCAUUAUGAUGGAAAGGCAUUAGGCCUGCCAUUGGUCUGUCCUGUGUAUUUUGUAUUUUUCUGUAUUUCUCUGUAUUUUUUUUUUUUUUUUAAAUCCCCAUAAUGUUAAAUGUAAAUGUUAAAUGUAUUUUACCUGUUGCAUCAGCCACUGAUUUAGUAUGGAAGUCAAAAAGCUGACAUUAAAGAAGCUGAAGCUAAUUCCUUUA